CAGGGCUACCUUGUAUCCCACUCCAAGAAGUUGACGGGUCGCCUCAUGCUGGCCGUGGGAGGAGCAGUGCUUGGCUCCCUGCAGUUUGGCUACAACACUGGAGUCAUCAAUGCCCCCCAGAAGGUGAUUGAGGAGUUCUACAACCAGACAUGGAUCCACCGCUAUGGGGAGCGCAUCCUGCCCACCACGCUCACCACACUCUGGUCCCUCUCUGUGGCCAUAUUCUCCGUUGGGGGCAUGAUUGGCUCCUUCUCUGUGGGCCUUUUCGUUAACCGCUUUGGCCGGCGGAAUUCAAUGCUGAUGAUGAACCUGCUGGCCUUCGUGUCUGCCGUGCUCAUGGGCUUCUCGAAACUGGGCAAGUCCUUUGAGAUGCUGAUCCUGGGCCGCUUCAUCAUCGGUGUGUACUGCGGCCUGACCACAGGCUUCGUGCCCAUGUAUGUGGGUGAGGUGUCACCCACAGCCCUUCGUGGGGCCCUGGGCACCCUGCACCAGCUGGGCAUCGUCGUUGGCAUCCUCAUCGCCCAGGUGUUCGGCCUGGACUCCAUCAUGGGCAACGAGGACCUGUGGCCCCUGCUGCUGAGCAUCAUCUUCGUCCCGGCCCUGCUGCAGUGCAUCGUGCUGCCCUUCUGCCCCGAGAGCCCCCGCUUCCUGCUCAUCAACCGCAAUGAGGAGAACCGGGCCAAGAGUGUGCUGAAGAAGCUGCGCGGGACGGCUGACGUGACCCAUGACCUGCAGGAGAUGAAGGAAGAGAGUCGGCAGAUGAUGCGGGAGAAGAAGGUCACCAUCCUGGAGCUGUUCCGCUCCCCCGCCUACCGCCAGCCCAUCCUCAUUGCUGUGGUGCUGCAGCUGUCCCAGCAGCUGUCAGGCAUCAAUGCUGUCUUCUAUUACUCCACGAGCAUCUUUGAGAAGGCAGGGGUGCAGCAGCCUGUGUACGCCACCAUUGGCUCCGGCAUCGUCAACACGGCCUUCACUGUUGUGUCGCUGUUUGUGGUGGAGCGAGCAGGCCGGCGGACCCUGCAUCUCAUAGGCCUGGCUGGCAUGGCAGGUUGUGCCAUACUCAUGACCAUCGCGCUGGCACUGCUGGAGCAACUACCCUGGAUGUCCUAUCUGAGCAUCGUAGCCAUCUUUGGCUUUGUGGCCUUCUUUGAAGUGGGUCCUGGCCCCAUUCCAUGGUUCAUCGUGGCUGAACUCUUCAGCCAGGGUCCACGUCCAGCUGCCAUUGCUGUUGCAGGCUUCUCCAACUGGACCUCAAAUUUCAUUGUGGGCAUGUGCUUCCAGUAUGUGGAGCAACUAUGUGGUCCCUACGUCUUCAUCAUCUUCACUGUGCUCCUGGUUCUGUUCUUCAUCUUCACCUACUUCAAAGUUCCCGAGACUAAAGGCCGGACCUUCGAUGAGAUUGCUUCCGGCUUCCGGCAGGGGGGAGCCAGCCAAAGUGACAAGACACCCGAGGAGCUGUUCCAUCCCCUGGGGGCUGAUUCCCAAGUGUGAGGCGCCCCAGACCACCAGCCCGGCCUGCUCCCAGCAGCCCUAAGGAUCUCUCAGGAGCACAGGCAGCUGGAUGAGACUUCCAAACUGACAGAUGUCAGCCGAGCCGGGCCUGGGGCUCCUUUCUCCAGCCAGCAAUGAUGUCCAGAAGAAUAUUCAGGACUUAACAGCUCCAGGAUUUUAACGAAAGCAAGACUGUUGCUCAAAUCUAUUCAGACAAGCAACAGGUUUUAUAAUUUUUUUAUUACUGAUUUUGUUAUUUUUUAUAUCAGCCUGAGUCUCCUCUACCCACAUCCCAGGCUUCACCCUGAAUGGCUCAGUGCCUGAGGGUGGGGACUAUGCCCUGUCCAGACACUUGCCUUCUUCACCAAGCUAAUCUGUAGGGCCGGACCUAUGUCCUAAGGACACACUAAUCGAACUAUGAACUACAAGGCUUCUAUCCCAGGAGGUGGCUAUGGCCACCCCUUCUGCUGGCCUGGAUCUCCCCACUCUAGGGGUCAGGCUCCAUUAGGAUUUGCCCAUUCCCAUCUCUUCCUACCCAACCACUCAAAUUAAUCUUUCCUUACCUGAGACCAGUUGGGAGCACUGGAGUGCAGGGAGGAGAGGGGAAGGGCCAGUCUGGGCUGCCGGGUUCUAGUCUCCUUUGCACUGAGGGCCACACUGUCACCAUGAGAAGAGGGCCUGUGGGAGCCUGCAAACUCACUGCUCAAGAAGACACGGAGACUCCUGCCCUGUUGUGUAUAGAUGCAAGAUAUUUAUAUAUAUUUUUUGGUUGUCAAUAUUAAAUACAGACACUAAGUUAUAGUAUAUCUGGACAAGCCAACUUGUAAAUACACCACUUCACUCCUGUUACUUACCUAAACAGAUAUAAAUGGCUGGUUUUUAGAAACAUGGUUUUGAAAUGCUUGUGGAUUGAGGGUAGGGAGGUUUGGAUGGGAGUGAGACAAAAGUAAGUGGGGUUGCAACCACUUCAGCGGCUUAGACUUUGACUCAGGAUCCAGUCCCUUACACGCACCUCUCAUCAGUGUCCUCUAUUGCUCAAAAAUCUGUUUGAUCCCUGU